AUGGUAGCCAACGCUCUUCGGAACAUCGUCGUCGUCGGGGGCUCGUUUGUCGGUCGCGGAACGGCCCAGGAGCUCGCGAAAAUCAUCCCUCCAACUCACAGAGUCCUCCUAACCGAGCCCCAUAGCCACUUCCAUCAUCUUUUCACAUUUCCCCGAUUUGCCAUUGUCCCCGGACAAGAGCACAAGGCCUUCAUUCCUUACAGCGAAAUCUUCUCUGGUGCACCCAAUCCCGCCGCACAUGGCGUUGUCCAGGCCCGCGUCGUGUCUGUGAAUUCGCAACACAUCGAGCUUGACCGAGAAUGGCAAGGAAGCAAGCAGAUACCUUUCGACUAUGUCGUCUUGGCGACUGGUACUCGGCUCUCCAAGCCCGCGGCAAUGGACAGCGAUGAAAAGCUGCCUUCAGUCGAGUACCUGCAGAAGCACCAGGCCGAUGUCAAGAGAUCAAAAUCAAUCCUGAUCGUUGGCGGUGGUGCUGUUGGCGUUCAAAUGGCUACCGACUUGAAAGAAUACUACCCAGAGAAGAAUGUCACCGUGGUCCAAUCACGCCUGCGCGUGAUGCCGAGCUUUCACCCACAACUCCACGAUCUUGUCAAGCAACGAUUUGACGAGCUCGAAUCAACUGAACUUGUAAUCCUGGCGACCGGACAAACACCAAAUAAUCAAAUGGUCAGUGGCCUGACGCCUUCAACACCCGAUGGCCCAUCUGUGAUCAACCCCGACAACGGAUACCUUCGAAUUCGACCAACGAUGCAGCUCUUGGAUGAGAAGUACUCGAAUAUCUUUGCUGUUGGUGACAUUGCCGACACAGGCGCACAAAAAGCCGCCAGACCAGGUUCGGCGCAAGCUGCGGUCGUUGCAAAGAACAUCCUGUCUUUGAUUGAGGGAAAGAAUGCGGAAGAUACCUUCGUCAAGGGUCCUGGGGCGAUUCAUCUUACUUUAGGAAUGGUGAGUAGUUUAGUACAGUGGAUUAUCCGCUUCAAGUUCGUUCAUCACAGUGCUGAUACGUCGCUCUCGCAGAAACAUAACGUCAUUUUCCGCAACCCCAAUACCGCAGAGGGCGCAACAGAGCCUGUCAUCAUGGACAAACAAGAUGGCCAAGAAGAUAUGAAUGUUGAAGCCAUGUGGGGACGGCUGGGUAUCACCGUCGACAAUGCUCGCCAGUAUCACCUAUAA